AUGUCUUCUCUAACCCAGUGUUUCUUAGAAAAUUCAAUUAUAAAUCGAAUAAUUAUUUUAAAACCGGAUAAUGAAUUUUUGAUGUGGGAACUUCCACCUACAGACAUUAACUCCCAUCAAGACACAUUAGACCCAUUAACACUUUUUAGAAAACAUUACUUGAAAGCGAAGAAUCGUGAUACGUCGCUUUCAUUAUCAUCCGAUCCUGAUGCAGAAAUAAUUGAAGCCUGGAGUUGUUCCGAUAAGCAAGUUCAUGAAGUAUACGGAAAGUUUUGUUCACAAAUGCUAUUUCGAUAUCACAACCUUUUCGAACUCGAACAUAAGCUUUUAAAUAAGAUUAAAUUAAGUAAAUUUAAUCGAAAAGGUGGAGAGAUUUCGCGAAAUCAUUUAGGAUUAGAAUAUAAAGAAGCGGCUUACAGGAUCACUAGCGAUGGAAUUUGGGGCAAUAAACGACUAAUGAAAGUUUAUAAGAUUAAAAUUACGGCAGUCGCCGACGGUAAAAUGAUAAUUGAACUAGAUGUUCG